AUGAACAUAUCCAAAACUUCGCACAGCAUCAAUUGCACCAAAACUUCAGAAAACCAACUAACGAGCUUUUGGAAGUCACAUAUUAUUUUCAUUUGUCUUCCACGUCGAACUAUCUAUUUACUUAAUAUUUACUCACUCGGCCAUUCGUUCAUUCAUUCAUUUACGUUCAUUCAUUCAUUCACUCGUUCAUUCAUUCAUUCAUUCAUUCAUUCAUUCAUUCAUUCAUUCACU